AUUAUUAUUAUAAUCUAGAUGGAACAGCCACCACCGUACAGCCCAGAGGGACAACAGCACGGAUAUCCACCACAAUCUGCCCCCUAUCCCCCACAACAACAACAGCCUGGGUAUCCACCACAGAAAGAAUAUGGUGGGGGCUAUCCACCACAAAACCCAGGCUAUCCACCUCAAGGACACGGAUAUCCACCUCAAGGACAGGGAUAUGUUCAGCAACCUGUCGGGUUUUCUUCGCAAACUAGCAAUAACACAACAGUCGUGGUACAACAAGUAAGUGGCAAGUUGAACCCGUUAAGUUGAACACCGAUUUUGAAUCACUUUUCCCGCCUAAUUGCAAAAUCCGAGUCCACAAUCCUGGUACUUACAGUAUACACGUAAAAACGCAGAAGUUGUUAGAGGUGAACUAGGAGAUUUUUGUAAAUAAAAUAGCUUUUACCCCACAAAAAAUCAGCACCCUGAACAAUUUAAAUCUUUACCCUUGAGUUAAUCUCAUUCAAAAUACCAACACCUGAAUACAAUAAGUGAAAUAACAAAACAAUUUAAAUACUAAAUCAAUUUACGUUCUUAGAAUCAACCUCAAAUGGUAGCUGCAGUGAUUCCUGUUGUCAAUGAUCAAAUGGGGUUAUCAAUCUUCGCCUGCCUUUGCUGUUGUUGGCCGAUUGGAAUCUUUGCCAUCAUGAAAUCGUCUGAGGUGAGAGAUGGGCCAUGUUUUAAGUGGGAAUUUGAAAAGAGUAUAGCGGAUUUGUAGCUGAACAGAGUUAUUCCGCAAUCAUAGAAAAUGUUGACAUUAGGUCCAGGUUAGAGUUCCGAAAUUAGCGUUAGACGAGGAAUGGCGUAUUCUGCUCAGUAGUAUUUAGAGAACGUUUAUGCGUAUUUUCUGUUGUCACAGUGUAGUUUUACGCCUGUGUUCCAAAAGCUCACUCACACUAAUGAGUGGAGGUUCAAUCUGAGCUUCCCUUGAGUGUCAAUGCCGUUUUUGAAUAGCUGGAGGGUGAGUAGUCACAUAGUACGGUACGGCACUGACCCUCCAGCUACUGUAUUCAAAAACAGCAUUGACAUUUGACACUCAAGGGAAGCUCAGAUUGAACCUCCACUUAUUGGGUGUGAGUGAGCUUUUGGAACACAGGCGUUAGUUGUAAUUAUUAACGCGUGGGGUUUGCCUUGUUGGGACUUCGAGUCCGUUUGCCAAUCUCUUACCUAACUCGCUUUUUGUUGUCUGUAAUGUAUGCUAUUUUGUCUUAACGUAGUAUUGUAAAUUUUAGUGAGUUCGAUUAGCUUAGUAUUAUCCUGGUGCAGGUGGGUUAGCGCUAACACUGGGUUAAAAUUUAACCUGUUGUUUUGGUCUGACUGUUGUUUUGAGACUGAGAGUAUAUUUCUGCACAUCUGUUUGUUUCGAAACUUCAGAGAAGCAACCUCCUGUCGAUCCAGACCAUAGAUAUCUUAUAUACACUAGAUAGUGCAUCUAAUUAUUCUGCAAUUCAAAAAUUGAAGCCGUGAUUGCAGACUCAGGAUAUUCCCAUGAAAUGAGAACAUUCGUAUGUUUUCUAUUUCUUAAACAGGGAAUUUAAACAUUAAGUUAAACCUAUUCCAAAUACAUUUUCAACCUAUUCAAAAGAUGAAAGUUAUUGUUGUUUUUUAAGCGUUUAUUAGCGAGCGGGAAACUCCAACAUGGCCGCCAUCUAUUCAAGUGGGGGUAACCGCUGGAAUAUUCUUGGCUUCAAUUUUACUAAAAGAGAUGUGCUAUCUAGUGUAUAUAUGAUCCAGAUAAGAUUUCGGAAAAAAAUAUUUCCAAAUUUAUAGACAGGAGUUUGCUUUGAACUUUAACUAGGCUAUUUCGGUCAACUUAAUUAAUAUUCUUAAAUCUCCUUGUUAUUUUUUGAAGUGCCCGCAACCCAAAAUUGAUUUUCAGCUUAUUAAAAGUAUGCUACGAGUGUAGUAGUUUGCUUUUGGUAAAAAGCAAAAAUUUUAGAGCCACUUGAAUUUUUUUCAGUUUCUUGUUUUUAUGGUUUGUUCCCGAGAUAUUUCAAUUUGUUUGAUAUGUAAAUGAGUGUGAAUAUGUCCGCUAAUUUCUGACGUCACAUUGGUUGCAAGCUCUUCGAAAUGGUUGAAUAUCACUGCUAUCAUCCAAGAUGAUAAUUUCAAACUUCACUCACUGGUAAAUGUGAUGAAACACUGGAGAAAAACGUCAACAGAUAUCUACAGUUUUUAGAGUUAAAACAUUUAUAACAAGUGUAAGUUGAGCUUGCAACCAAUGUGACGUCAUAAAUUAGCGGACAUAUUCACAACAUUUACAUAUCAAACAAAUUGAAAUAUCUCGGGAACAAACCAUAAAAACAAGAAACUGAAAAAUAAGUUACACUACAGCUUAGAAGAGUUCUUUCAUUUACGAAAAUAAGAAAUUUCAUGUCAUAUACACUUUAUUAACCAGAUUAUGGUAGGACGUGAAAUACAAUAACCACGAAAUUUAACCAGAAAUAUUAAGUUAGCCAAAUAGUGUUUUUUUCUAGCCUAACCAUGCAGGAAACUUUAACCAAAGAGUAUAGAUAAUUAAAGUCCAUUCCUUUUAUUUCUAGGCAAGAAAUCGUUACAUGGCUGGCGACUAUGCCGGAGCCGUGGCGUCAGCACAAAGUGCAAGAAACUUGGCUUACGCCGCUAUCGUUUGUGGCUUGAUCAUAAUUCCACUCAUCAUUGUCCUGCGAGUUGUUGUGUUUGCUGCCUCGGCUAGCAGCAACGACUACAACAACUAAAGUGAACUUUUCCAAAUUCCAAAAUCAACUUUUCCGUUUGAUUUCUUUUUGAAGUGGAGCAUUUGUGAACAGAAUAGCAUUUAACCCACACUGUUUUCAUAAAUUACUUUGCUAGACAUGUAGAGAUAAUGUUCAUUACCUAUUCUACGAAAUAUAUUCAUCGAUAGCUCAGUGACAACAUGGAUUGUAAUGUUACAAUCCAUGGUGACAACAAUAGCAUUUAAUGUACUUAGAGAACUACCUUAUUAUAGGAAAUUAACGAUGCACUUUAUUAACGCGACAUAAAUUAACGCGACAUCAAAUUAACGCGGAUUGCUUCUAGGUCUUUUAAAGCAUGAUUACAGUAUAUUAACUCGAAUCUGAUCUCCAUGGGUGACAAAUUAAUUAAAUUAACGCGAAUGGGAAAAUAUAGACACAACAACAACGAAGGUUUAAUGUUUAGAGGAGCACUGAUGUUAAUAUCCUAUAUUUUGAUAUUAAGAGAGUUAGUGUUAUAUAAAACAAAUCUAAGUAUUUUUAACUAACGAUAAAUGAAAAUUACAUACUUAAAAUUAACGAUCACAUAAAUUAACAUUAAUUAAAUUAACGAGAAUUUUUAAAAUCCUCGUUAAUUAAGUGCAUCGUUAAUUUCCUAUAAUAAGGUACAGUAUAUACUGUAGAAUGUAAUCUUGACUUUUUUUAUUAAUUAAAAAGAAACCAAAACCAAUCAAAGACUGAGAAU